AUGGCCCCUAACACAAUCGAAGUUCCUCAACUACCCAUCCCAGGGCAGGAUAACUCUCUAAGACAGCCACAGAUGGUUAGUAUCGAUGCACCAACCACCGACCAAUAUAACAGUCAACAGAAGACGGGGAUGGACCUUUACUUUGAUAAAACUUUAGAAUACAUGGACAGACAUCCUAUUAUAUCUGGUAUUGGUGGGUUUGUCACUCUGUAUGCUGCAGCAGGCUUGUAUAGGUCCGUGAGGAUUCGAAUGAAUGGUGGUAAAGGGGUGUCCACUUUUGCGAAAGGUGGGUUUGAUUCUAAAAUGAAUGUUAAAGAAGCCCUUGCGAUCCUAAAUUUGAAGGAGAGCACGUUGACCAGGAAGAAAGUGAAGGACGUUCACAGAAGGAUCAUGUUGGCUAACCACCCUGACAAAGGUGGUUCUCCUUACUUGGCUACAAAGAUCAAUGAAGCCAAGGAUUUUCUAGAAAAGAGAGGGAUUAGGAAAUAG